UUUAAAAAUGUAAAACAUUUCUUAGCAAAAAUAAGAAGUGAACCCUGGAGCAACCUAUUUCAACACGUGACUUCUGCAGAAAAGCGGACGUCACCUUUAACCUCCUAGCUAUUCAAGAAACUUUAUUGCUGUCCCAGUGCUUUUAUUGAUAAAGUUUGAAUUUGAACCCCUGCUAACAUCAUGGCGGCGGAUCAAACUGUCCACGGAGUUCCCCCUUCAUUGUCUGCCAGAGUGGUUGGGUCAUUUGCUUAUUUGACCGUUAGAGACAGACUACCCACCAUCCUGACCAAAGUUGUCGACACAAUUCAUCGCAAUAAAAACAAUUUUUUUGAGGAAUACGGAGAGGUGGGUAUCCAGGCAGAGAAGCAAGCUAUAUCUCUGCUAUCUAAGCUGAGGAAUGAGCUGCAAACUGACAAGCCAGUGCUAGCACUGACAGACGGCCUACCGGACACAGAUUCCUGGAACCAAUACCUAGAGAGGCAGCAGAGACUGCAAGGUGACCAGGAGCCUGUCAGCUGGUUCAAGUCUCCCUGGCUUUACGUGGAGUGCUACAUGUACCGUAGGAUACACGAGGCGCUCUUGCUCAAUCCUCCCAUCAGUGACUUUGAUGUCUUUAAUGAGGGAAAGACUCAGAGCUUUACUGAGUCUUCACAGGCUGUGAUGUCCUUGUGUACGUACUUGGAGAGCAUCAAUAACAACAUAGACGAGCUGUCUAAGAAUCAGCUGUUUGAGCAUUUCAGCAAACUAAUGCAGGUAUCUCUGUGGGGAAACAAGUGUGAUCUGUCUAUAUCUGCUGGCCAAGAGAACUCCCAGAAGACCAGUCCACUAGAUUCCCUCUACAGCCUCCUGCCCUUCAUCCUGGUGGAUGACACCAAAAGGGUAUGGUCAGCUCUUAUUUCUGCGCAGAGGCCAAGAGAGUCAGGGAAAACCAAUGCAGACAGAGUGGACAUUGUGCUAGACAAUGCUGGCUUCGAGUUGGUCACUGACUUGGUCUUAGCUGACUUCCUGGUUUCCUCUGGCCUUGCACGUCAGAUUCAUUUUCAUGGCAAAUCCAUCCCGUGGUUUGUCUCUGACGUCACAGCUAAAGAUUUUCAGUGGACCAUUCGGCAGGCCAUGGCAACCAAUCACAAGUGGGUUUCCAAAUGUGGUGUUCAGUGGCAGAGGUACUUGAAAGAGGGAAUGUGGUGCUAUCACGAUCAUCCUUUCUGGACACAGCCCCAUGAGUUCUGCGACAUGGCAGCCGAUGCUCCUGACCUGUAUACAACCCUGCAGGGAGCAGACCUGGUGCUGUUUAAAGGCGAUCUCAACUACAGGAAGCUGACUGGAGACAGGGACUGGGAGCAUACAGUAAGCUUUGAAACUGCACUGCGAGGCUUUCGGCCUGCACCGCUGUGCAGCCUGAGGACUCUCAAGGCCAACAUUCAGGUUGGUCUGCAACUGGGACAAGGGGAGAAGCUUACCUCCCAAGAUCCAAGCUGGAUGACUAACGGCAAGUACGCUGUGAUUCAGUUCCACAAUCCAAAGUCAGAAUAGUAUGGCUCAAAUCAGGAACUCACUUUGAUGACAUGGGUUUAAAAAGAAGCUUCAUAAGCAGGCGAUACCUUUAAGCCACUAGACACUUAAGUUAGGGGAAUUGUUAAAUGCUGUUUACUAGCACUUCAUCAAGUUUGAUUCAGGAACGUGCACAAUAAUUAAUACUCAGUAAUAAUUUCAUAAAAAGCCAUCUCAUAUCAAAAUUUCACAUCCUACAUUUUAUCCCAAAUGUGUUGUAAACCAUGAAUUUAGUCAUACUGUUUACAGGUUAAUGCUGUGAGCAAUUACUGAGGAAAAACUGAAUAUGAAUUCUAUAGCAGAAACAGUUUUGCAUGCAGUUGUGAGAAUGAUGUAAAUCUAACUUAUAGUUUGUUUAGGGUUUUUUUGUUGUUGUUGUUGUUGUUGUUGUUUUUCUUUCUUUUCUUUUUUUUUUUAAAUUCAGCUCAGGUUGUUUUACUCCGUGUGACUACAGAGAGUUAAGUUCACCAAAAGCAGAUCAUAACAUUUUUUGAAAACUACAUUGUUGUUGGAGCAGUGUAACAAUAAGUGGCAUGUGCUUGUUUUGCUUAAAAUGGGAACCUGGACCCCUAUCUCCAUAGAUAAAAGUGGAUGUCUCUUUGCACUAGUGCUGGGCGAUAUGACGAUAUAUAUCGUGUGGACGAUAGAAAAGUUUCUAUCGUGCCAUUUGUCUUCUAUCGUUUCUAUCGUUUCUAGCCCGAAUUUUACAAAUUGUUACAUAAAAUAUAUCAUUAACCCUUUACAACCGGUCGGAGCAGGCACACUCCGUUUUGCCUAACUAUUUUUAAAUCCCUGUAGAACUGGAACCACGUAAGGUAGCGCAAUAAUGUUUUUUUUGCAUAUGAAACCGUAAGAGUACUUACAUCUUAUUCCAUUAGCUUGCCCUAGGUCACGGUUUUCUUCCACAUAUAGCUUUGCAAAAAUUGCAUAAAAAGCACUUCCAGCAACAAAAACAUAAUAUUCCAGAAACAAGCUUUGCCGAUCCAAUCAGCUGUUCAUAACACUUCCUAGUUUGUAUAUAAGUCAGCGCGAACUCUCGCAUGUCCGCCAUUACCUGCCCGAAACCGGAAGUGACGUCAUUUUCGCGGAAAAUGUAGUUUUUUAGCUUCAAAGCCUAUGUUGGUGUUUUUAAAAGUCAUGUUUGACUUUAUGUUCUUCUGUAUCGUUUCUGGGAUGCUUAGAAGUCAAAUUACACUGUUGGAAAUAGUUUAUUUUGAUGCACAUGCUGUGUUUUUGCAAAUUUGCAUUUAUUUAUUUUUAUUUUUCCUGUAGUAUAUAAAAAAUUGUGUGUCUCAAAAAUAAAACUAAGAAGACACUCAAAAUAAAUAAAUGUAAAGAUAAGCUCUGGCGGACUUGGUUCUAUGGUAGGUCUUAAAGGGUUAAAUAGCCUGUGCAAAUAUAUUAGUGUUGUCUUCUCACUAUACAUACUCUUAACAAGAGAAAAUAAAGUAUUAAAAAAUGAUAUUUUUCGCAAAGAAACUCUGUCUUGUGGUUUUGCAACAUGGUGCUGCUUUACGUGCACCCGGAUUUGCGACAUGCUUUACAGUAAUUCAAAACAAAGACUGCACCCUCUCCACUCGCUGUUUAAAGACUGCAUACUUUCCAGAUGACCACAGGUCAGGUGGUAUAUCGUGAUAUAUAUCGUUAUCGUGAUAUAAAAUAAUUCAUAUCGUGAUAAAUAUUUUUUCCAUAUCGCCCAGCACUACUUUGCACAUUGUCAUGUCGUUUGUCACUAUAAGUAAUCAACAGGUUAUGUUAACUGGAUCCCAUAAUGCUGCUGGGUGAAAAUGCUAUUUUGAUGAUUUGUUUUGAUUUAAUAAAUCACUACU